AUGACAGGUGGCACAUUAGCAAACACACUGUCAGAGGACACAGAGGAGCUGUAUCACUCCCAGGUGAAACAGGAAGCUGUGUUACUACAUGAGAAGCUUCAGGAGCUGGAGCUGAAGAGGGACGCCAUGGUGGCAGAGGACAAGAGCAUGGGAUCGCCCCAGGAGGAGAGGGACAGGCUGUUUAAACAGGUGAAAGAAGACAACCAGGAAACAGCAAGCAUGGAAAGACAGUUGACUGAGAUGCGUGAGAAGAUGAGCCUGAUCAACGAGGAGAUCCGACUGCUUGACAAUAACAUGGAGGAACACCAAGGUGAACGAAACCAGAAGUACAAAGAACUAAAGAAGAGAGAUGAGAAUAUGGACAGUUUUCUGGAUUCAUUUGAUGAGACUAAAGCUACAGAGGUGGAGAAGAACCGUCAGGCACAGGCCAUCAUCGUAGUUCUACUGGAACACUCCAGCAGAAACAUGAACCGUAUGCGCCAGAUCUCGUCGGUGACGGCCACUGAGCUCAAGUCCAUGCAGGAAGACCUGAGCUUCAAGGAGACUGAGAUGCACAAGUCCCAAAACACAGCCAAGGGCUUGUCUUCAGAGAACCACCGUCUGACCCUUGACCUGCAGAAGGUAGAGCAGCUGGAGAGUAAGAUCAACACGGAGCUGACCAGCCUGAAGGACAGGAUAGAGACCAUGACUCAGGAGCUGGAGACGUACAGCAACCUGGACAAUCUGAAGGCUGCUGGAGAGGACAAGAAGAAGAGGCUGCAGGAGGACAGAGUAUCCCUGGCCCAGAGGAGAGACGGCUUUCACAAGGUCAUGCAGAAGAUGAAUGAGGUGUAUGAAGCUCUGAAAACACAGCUACAGGAGAAUGAGACACAUGCUCAGCUGACCAAUCUGGAGAGGAAGUGGCAACAUCACGAGCAGAACAACUUCGUCAUGAAAGAGUUCAUCGCCUCUAAGGGUAUGGAGAGUGACUACCGUCCGGUGGUGAAGACGGUCUCCAGGCAGCUGGCGGAGUACAACAAGAUCCUCGUAGACACCCUGCAGGGAACCAAGAACUAGGAACUGACUGAGGGACAAGGACAGCUACAGCUUCCUCGCUCUGUCUCCAUGUCCCACUUCCUGCAUCAACCCUUCUAUCUUACACGUACACUACCGUUCAAAAGU